CCUGCUUUGCUAAUCUUCUCUCCCACAAGAUUGUUUCUUCUGUGUUUGUGUUGGGAGCUCAAGAGUAUCUGCAAUGGCGACAUCUUCCGAUGGGCUAUUCGACGACAUGAACAUGUUGGGAGUGAUCGGAUAUGUGUUGGAGCAAACCAGAUUCAUCUUUCUCGUACCGAUUCUGAAACUUCUGGUGAAUCUAUGUCAGGUUAUCUCUCUGUUGUUGUUCAUAGAUGCAGCUUAUAUGGCUAUAGUUGUAGCCAUUGUCAAAUUAAGUGGACGAGCACCAAAGAAAGUUCUCAAAUGGGAAUCCUUUAAGAGCGAUGACGUCGAGCUAGCUCCUUCCAGCAAUCAUCCAAUGGUUCUCAUCCAAAUCCCAAUCUUCAACGAAAAAGAGGUAUGUCAACUUUCGAUAGGAGCGGUUUGCAAGCUAAAAUGGCCAUUGGAUAGGAUGAUUGUACAAGUGCUUGAUGACUCAACUGAUCCACACAGUAAGGAACUGGUUAGAUUGGAGUGUAAUAAAUGGGAGAGUGAAGGUAUAAAAAUAAAGUCUGAGGUUAGAGACAGUCGAAACGGGUACAAAGCUGGAGCUCUCACUGCAGGAAUGAAACAUAGUUAUGUGGAGGGAUGCGAGUUUGUCGUUAUAUUCGAUGCAGAUUUUCAGCCUGAACCUGAUUUUCUUCAACGUACUGUUCCUUUUCUUGCUCACAACUCUGAGAUAGCUCUUGUACAGGCCGGCUGGAAAUACGUGAAUGCUGAUGAGUGUUGUAUGACAAGAAUACAAGAGAUGUCUCUUAACUACCAUUUUGCGGUGGAGCAAAAGUCUGGAUCCUCCUUACAUGGGUUCUUUGGAUUCAACGGUACUGCUGGUGUGUGGAGAAUUUCAGCUUUGAGUGAGGCUGGUGGAUGGCAAGACCGCACGAUUGUCGAGGACAUGGAUUUAGCAGUUAGGGCUUAUUUAAACGGCUGGAAGUUUGUGUUUGUUGACGACGUUAAGGUGAACAAUGAGCUGCCGAGCUCAUUUAGAGCAUAUCGGUUUCAGCAACAUCGUUGGUCUUGCGGUCCAGCGAACCUCUUCAAGAAAAUGGCCAUGGAGAUUAUCCAAAAGGAAAAAGUGUCUUUAUGGAAGAAGGCGUAUUUGAUAUACAAUUUCUUCUUUGUGAGGAAGAUUGUAGUACACAUCUUCACAUUCGUCUUCUACUGUCUGAUUUUGCCUGCUACGGUUAUAUUCCCGGAAAUAGAAGUACCUAAAUGGACAACUAUCUACAUUCCAGCUACCAUCACUAUCCUAAAUGCUAUCGCAACACCAAAAUCAUUCUACCUCAUAUUGUAUUGGAUCUUGUUCGAGAACGUAAUGGCGAUGCAUAGGAGUAAGGGAACACUCAUUGGACUGCUAGAGACUAGUAGAGUUAAGGAAUGGGUUGUGACACAGAAACUAGGAGAGAGUAAUGCUCUCAGGCAAAACCUCAUUCCUCACUAUAGCUUCCCCGAAAGAAUCCGAUGGCGAGAGAUAAUGGUUGGGAUGUAUCUAUUCAUAUGUGGAUACUACGACUUUGUGUUCGGGAAGACAUACCUUUAUGUAUACCUUUUCUUGCAGUCCAUUGCUUUCUUUGUUGUUGGAGUUGGCUACAUUGGUAUGUCGGUACCGAGUUGAUCACCGGUGACACGUUUAACUUCUUCUUCUUCUCCUCCUCCUACACAUUCAUUCUUUCAAAAUGGUUCGAUUGUAUAGAGAUUUAAAGAUGUUGUUAGACAUAGAGCUCUUCUUGCGUACACGAGAAGUCAUCUCCAAACUGAUAAAUUGGAUAGUGAGU